AUGAGCACAAAGAUAAAAGGAAUCUUGAAAAGCCUGAGAUUUAUUUAUCAAGUAUUUGAGGAGAAGAAGGAACAUCAAGACAUACAGAUUGGAAAUCCAACCGAUGUUAAACAUGUUGCUCACAUCGGAUGGGAUGGUGCCUCUGUCGAUCAACCACCUACAUGGAUGAAAGAGUACAACUCAACCAAUGAACAUCACACAAAGUCUUUAAAUAAUGAUAAUGGAACACAAGCUAGAGGUGCAAACCAAAAGGUUUCAAAGGAUUCGUCGAGAGCAUACUUGUCGGACUCUCCAGUAUCUUUGCGAACGAAAGAGCGGUCAAUGACAGCUACUUCAACCUCGGAUAAUUCACAAACUCUAAAAUCAUCGACUUCGACUAGACAAAGGCGCCCGAAAAAACAAUUAUCGACGGGUACUUCAAAAAGCUCUCCUUCAAAACAACCUACACGAAAAAACAAGGAUGUAAGUAUUAGGUCGGAUUCUACGGAUCCGGAGGAAGGUUCUGUAAAGAAGGUAAGACAGAAGAAAUUGAAGGAUUCGGAAGGCAGAGUUUCGAAUAGACCUUCAAAAUCUUUGAAGGACAAUAAUAUUACUUUAUCAUCACCUUCUUGA